AUGCCAAAGAGAAAUCUGAUGCUGCCAGUGAAGCACUUUUACUGGAGCUUUAGCUUGAAGCCAAAAGCAAUGUCAACAAAAGAGGAGGGCGUUGUUCGUGACAAAGAGACUGCACUCAUCAGGAAACUAAAGAACAAGCCCGCUGAAAGUGUUGAUGAACUGAAAGAACUAGAAGAGGAGCUUGAAGCAGCUGAAAGAAAGCUUGUGGAAAAGCUUGAGUAUCAAAUUCGAAUAGAAAAUGAGGCUAAACAGAAACGCCUCACAGACAAAUCCGAGGGUUCUUCAGUGGGCUUGCAUACAGGAUCUGUUGAGAGGACUGCAGUCCCUGGCCCAUCAAACCAGGGAAUUUCGGAGGAUGGUCUUUCACUGAGUAGAAGGCAAGCUCGUAGUCAAAACCCUACCAGUGAUAAACAUUCUCAAACCUUAUCUGAGAAAGAAAAUGAAGCCAACCUUUCUCAAAUUGAAGGUUGCUUCAAGGAGCAAACUCAUCUAUGGGUUGAUCCACAUCUAGAAGAUAAUGAAAGAAAGGCACUAGGACAUCUCUCUGCAGAGGAGCAUGACGAAGAAAGAUUCCAAGCUGACCUUAUAAAAGCUAUACAAGAGAGCCUUGGCGCAACAGUCCAAGGAAUUUCAGAGGAUAGUCUUUCACCAAGUGGAAGGCAAGCUCAUAGUCAGAACCCUGCCAGUGAUAGACAUCCCCAAACCUUAUCUGAGAACAAACACUACGAGGACAACCCUUCUCAAAUUGAUGAGGAAAGAUUCGAAGCUAACCUUACAAAAGCUGUGCAAGAGAGCCUUGGUAUGGAGGAUUUUCCAGUGGAAAUAAUUCAAUCAAUACUAAGCCGAUUGGAAGAAGCACAUGAUGUGGUAAGUGCGUGUGUUACUUGUCGGGCAUGGCUACAUGCCCUCCCUACCAUCACUUCCCUUCACUUCAUUUGCUUCAACUGGGUAGGUUACAAUUCGCUUCCUCCCCAUCAACUAGAAAUGCACAUAGAUCAGCUCGUGCAUCAAACUACAGGGUUAGUGUCCUUGUCAAUUAUUAUGCAUCCCAAUCACGCUGGAUUCACUCCAGAUUCAGUGACGUCGUGGCUCUCACAUACCAGAGAGACCCUGCGUUAUCUGAUAUCCUGCGUUUGGAAUACAUAUAUCGACAUCAUGCAGGAAUGGAACUACUGCAUGAUUAAACUGCAUAAUGUGGAUAUCACUAGAUCUAGAUUAAAAGCCAUUUUUAUGUCAAGAUGGAAAGAUAUAAAUUCUAUACUUAAAACUACAUAAUGUGGAUAUCGCCAGAUCUGACUCAUCUGACCCUGUAACCACCGAGUUGCUGAGUGUAAGACUCUCCAAAAUUGGGCAAGCCACGACUAACUUAUCCAAAUCUAACGCUGAAAUGGUGAGAGACAUCAAGGACACGGUAUGCAGACGUUCAAAAAAAUUAAUGGAUGUCACGUUUGGAGAAU